UAAACCAUCACUGCAUCACUCUGACAGUAAACCAUCACUGCAUCAUUCUGACAGUAAACCAUCACUGCAUCACUCUGACAGUAAACCAUCACUGCAUCACUCUGACAGUAAACCAUCACUGCAUCACUCUGGCAGUAAACCAUCACUGCAUCACUCUGGCAGUAAACCAUCACUGCAUCACUCUGACAGUAAACCAUCACUGCAUCACUCUGACAGUAAACCAUCACUGCAUCAUUCUGACAGUAAACCAUCACUGCAUCACUCUGACAGUAAACCAUCACUGCAUCACUCUGACAGUAAACCAUCACUGCAUCACUCUGACAGUAAACCAUCACUGCAUCAUUCUGCAGUAAACCAUCACUGCAUCACUCUGGCAGUAAACCAUCACUGCAGUAAACCAUCACUGCAUCACUCUGGCAGUAAACCAUCACUUUAUCAUUCUGACAGUAAACCAUCACUGCAUCACUCUGACAGUAAACCAUCACUGCAUCACUCUGGCAGUAAACCAUCACUGCAUCACUCUGGCAGUAAACCAUCACUUUAUCACUCUGACAGUAAACCAUCACUGCAUCACUCUGACAGUAAACCAUCACUGCAUCACUCUGGCAGUAAACCAUCACUUUAUCACUCUGGCAGUAAACCAUCACUGCAUCACUCUGACAGUAAACCAUCACUGCAUCAUUCUGGCAGUAAACCAUCACUGCAUCACUCUGGCAGUAAACCAUCUCUGCAUCACUCUAACAGUAAACCAUCACUGCAUCACUCUGGCAAUAAACCAUCACUGCAUCACUCUUGCAGUAAACCAUCACGGCAUUACUCUGACAGUAAACCAUCACUGCAUCACUCUGGCA